AUGGUCCGCUUGGAAGAAGUCCCCGACGAGGAGAUCAUUCGACAGCAGCGAAGUAGUGCUGCUGCUGCCGCAGCCGCUGCAGCUGACGACGACGAUUGGGAGGAGGAGGAGGACUCUGAUGCUGAGUCCGACUUCUCCGACGACUCGGACGUCUCCGAACGAGGCCUCGCUCUCCGCGAGGAAUCCAUCUGGGAGCGUCUCUCUGCUCUUCGCGACAUCAUCCCGCCCAGCACACGCCGUUCUAUUGCAUCCACGUUUAACACCACCACAUCAUAUGCCUUCACCGGCUCGCUUCUCGCCGGCAAACUCGUCUGGGUUGUUACCACCUCGGCACUGCUCGUCGGUCUUCCCUUUGCAUUGGCUGUCGAAGACGAGUCGAGGAUCGUCGCCCAGGAGAAGGAGAUGAUGGCUCAACAGCAGGGCGCACAGCACAUGCUGGCUCCAGCACCGGGGGCUGCACCGGCAGGCAUUCCGGGUCAGUCCCAGCAGCCCCAGCAGCAGUCUCCCCAGGGUUUGCGUCCUCCCGGAUUCUAA